AAGAAAAAAAGGAAAAUCCUUUAAUCCCUACCACUCUCUUCAAUCAAAAGAAAGCCCUCCCAAACAUCCAUCCAAAUCCCAUUUCCAUAGCCACCCAAGAGCUCCCAUCUGAAGUCCACGUCAGCAUUCGAUCGGAGAAGUCAGAUUCCGGCCAUUUCUACGGUGUAAAUGUUGCACGGACAGUUGGGGUGCCGGUGAGAUAUACUUCUGACGCUCUUUUCCGGCCAUGAGCUUCGCCAACAUGGCUUGUACUCGUUCUAUCAACGUCUAUGAUAGUCCUUUGGCGAGGCCGAUGAAGGGUUGUGCUUUUCCCGCUUUCUACUCGGUUUUGCCCAUGAUAGACGGCCGGUUGAACGUGGGCAAAAUGGUGAUUUCACGUGGGAGUGUUGCGUGCUCCGCUGCACCAGAGUCGUCUACCGUCACAGUUCCAGAAUCAAAAGAAGAGACAGUAUCUGAAAAUGCAGCUCCGGCAAAGCCAAAACGCACACCACCGGCAAAGGCUCUGGCGAAAGCGCUACCUCAGCUUAUGGAAGAGGAAGUGAUCCCUUCAUUGAGAUCUACCCUUGAAGCUCAAGAAGACCUCUUACAAAUUGAGCUUUCAUUUCAAGAUAACAGGUUGGAAGGUUCCUUUAUAAAGAAUGGUAUUCCCUAUUACUUUUGGGCUUUCUUCCCAGACGGCCUUCUCACAGGUCCAAAGGGAUUUGCUCUAUCUUCACAUGGUUCAGAAGCCAGCACGGUUGAGCCUUUUCUCAUUGAUGAAAAGAAAAUCACAGCCAAACAUGUUGUGUUUUGGGUUGAGAAGAGGUUAGCAGCUCAGGGAAUCAUUCCUGUUUGGAUAGAGUAAUUAUGAAAAUUUAGCAUUCUAUCAAAAUACGAUCCAUACCAAUUGUAACCUGUAUCAAAUCAUCUUUUACUAAUGACAAUGUUGAAAAAUAUCUUCCA